AUGCUGUCUCUAGAUUUUUUGGACGAUGUGCGGCGGAUGAACAAGCGGCAGCUCUAUUAUCAAGUCCUAAAUUUUGGAAUGAUUGUCUCCUCGGCACUAAUGAUCUGGAAGGGGUUAAUGGUCAUAACUGGAAGUGAAAGUCCGAUUGUAGUGGUGCUCAGUGGCAGCAUGGAACCUGCAUUUCAUAGAGGAGAUCUUCUCUUUCUAACAAAUCGAGUUGAAGAUCCCAUACGAGUGGGAGAAAUUGUUGUUUUUAGGAUAGAAGGAAGAGAGAUUCCUAUAGUUCACCGAGUCUUGAAGAUUCAUGAAAAGCAAAAUGGACAUAUCAAGUUUUUAACCAAAGGAGAUAAUAAUGUGGUUGAUGACCGAGGCCUCUAUAAACAAGGACAACAUUGGUUAGAGAAAAAAGAUGUUGUGGGAAGAGCAAGGGGAUUUGUUCCUUAUAUUGGGAUUGUGACGAUCCUCAUGAAUGACUAUCCUAAAUUUAAGUACGCUGUGCUCUUUUUGCUGGGUUUAUUUGUGCUGGUCCAUCGUGAGUAA